UUUGGGUCCUCACUACUUCUAUAAGCUUGUGUUUAAGUGCUUCACUAGCAAAACCCACUGCAAAACACUCUUCUUCCUUUGUGUCUCUUCAUACCACUCCUUUGUUUUUUUGUCUAUCUCAUCUUCUUCAUCACCUCUUUCAUUAUAUUACUCCAAAUUAACUCCACAAAAGAAAAGAAGAGGAAAAACCCCAAUCUUGAUCAUUUUUCCAGUUUUGUCUUUUGCUUUUGAAGAGCUGCUGUUUUAAAUUCAAAAAGCUAAAGAAUCUCAGUUGGGUAACCCUCUUUAAUUUUUCAUCUUCACUCUUCUUCUCUACUACACAAUUUGUUUUAAGUAGAAGAUAAAAGAACUUUACCAAGUUCCUAGCUUUAUUUUCAUCCCAUUGACUUCUAUUUUUCCUCCUUCAUUUUCUGUUCUAAUGAAGUACUAGUCUUUUUCAGGAGAACAGUUUAAUUUGCAAGUGUUUGACCCUUUCCUCUCUUUCUACUUCACUUUCAAGAAUAAACUUCAUUUGCCCUUUUUUUUUUUUUUUUUUGGUUCACUCUCAAGGGCAGUCUUCUUAAGAGGUUAAUUUUAACAUGAUCCUAUUGUUCUGCAUUUCCAUAAUGAAUUGGUGAGAAAUUAAUUAUGUUGAUGAAGCAUGAGUCAAUAAUGUAUUCCUCCAUUUCCUAGUUGUGGAGCUUCUUGUUUCAAAAAGAGCGGACAACUUGUGAAGAUCUCCUAGGUUAUUUUGUUUUUUUCUUGAAUAGUUGAAGUCAGCCACCAGUUUCAAUUUAAUCAUUUAGUCUAUAGCUCUAGCUAGCUAGCUUCUACUAAUUAGUAAGUUCCUAUCCUGUCCCUUUUUGUCUCCACAAAAAUACAACUUUUUUCUUUGAAGGAGGUCAGAAAUGGAACUUCCUCCAAGUCAAGAAGAGGAUAUGCCAAUACCAAUUAACAGCACAUAUGUUGGAGGAGGAGGAGGAGGGCAUGGUCAUGGUCACAUGAUACAUCAUGAUCCUACACCACCCAAUAACACUACUAAUCACAUUAUACCACCUUCCAUGAAUGGUCCUCCCAUUGAUGCACCACCAGUUGCAACAGCAGAUCAUCAUGUACCUUUCAAGAAAAUGGUCAGGUACAAAGAGUGCCUGAAGAACCAUGCAGCAGCCAUGGGUGGCAAUGCAACUGAUGGAUGUGGUGAGUUCAUGCCAAGUGGUGAAGAAGGUACAAUUGAAGCCCUCAUUUGUUCAGCUUGCAAUUGCCAUAGAAACUUCCAUAGAAAAGAAAUAGAAGGUGAAGAACAACUCCUUCAAUUACCCUCUUCUUGUGGUGAUUGCUAUCAUCUCAAUAGGGGAGGCAAAAAAGUUUAUUUGGGACAUAACCAUCACAAGGGCCUUUUAGGUCCUGAGCCAUUUGGAACUAUAAUUCCUUCUAGAGUACCACCACAUCAUCAGAUGAUAAUGUCAUAUAACAUGGGGUCACUUCCUAAUUCCGAGUCAGAAGAACAUGAUCAAGAUCAUGGUGGGGUUAUGGGUAUGGCUAGGCCAUUACAUCAUAAUCAUCAUGUGAAGAAGAGGUUUAGGACAAAGUUUACUCAAGAACAGAAGGAGAAAAUGCUCAAUUUUGCUGAGAAAGUUGGAUGGAAAAUACAAAAACAAGAGGAAGCUGUGGUGCAACAGUUUUGCCAAGAAGUGGGAGUUAAAAGAAGAGUACUUAAAGUAUGGAUGCACAACAAUAAGCACAGUCUUGCCAAGAAAAAUACCAACGAUAUUCUUCCUCAUGAAAAUCAAGUUUGAUUUGAUUUUCCAUCUGCUAAUUAAUUCUCCUUUGUUUUUUGUUCACCUUUUUGUCUGGAUUUUAUAUUUAUGGGGUAUGGUCAUUUCUAGAAUUAGGAUAAUAUUUAAGAAUAAUACAUUGGGAGUAUGUAUUGUAGUGUUAUUAGCUAGUGCAUGUGGGAAUUGGAAUGGUGGAGGAGGUUCUUCUUCGUUUGGAUGUUGUUUAAUUAACUAAUUAAUCUCUCCAGUGGGGACUGUAUUUAUAUUAAUUCAGUCUUUUAAUGGA